AUGGCCGAGAUCAUGGAUGAUAUCGAGGGCGAGCAGGAGACUUGCCCCGAUUCCUACAGCUAUGAUGGUGACGGCGACAUUGACAUCGACAUUGACGUGAGCGCACACAAUGAAGUUGAUGAAGUACUUGCCACAAUUCAAGGUGCAUCGAAAGGUGUCAAGGAAGGCACUGACACUGCAUAUAGAGGGUAUUGUCUCACUAUUUCAGCACUAUCAUGUGAUGAAUUCAACAUGCACGGCAUCGACAAAGACCCGAAAGACAUACAAAUGAGUUACUCAUAUGCACAAAAACUCCGGGCGGGCACAACGUAUGGCUUUCGCAAAACUCGAGGACGUCUUCCCUGGAAUCAGGAUACUGCAUCCGGCAAUCCAUCCAUAUCUGAACUCGUAUCUUCCUAUAUGCUGAGUCUGCACAAACGCAAGGAUAUCCUGAGAAAGCUAUACGAAUUCAAUCACCAGCCAGAGAACUGGGAUAACUCUCAGCCAUCUGCUGACAACUGGUGCGGAGGAAACAUGCGUCGUCUUCUCCAGGCCGUAUACCUUGUUGCAUUCUCAUGCUUGCUUUGUGUCGAUGAGGUUCUUAAUAUUCAAGUGCAUGAUAUUCGCUUCUACAUUGAUGAAGCAGACAAUAUGCAUUGUGCAUCCAUAUCGCUACCAUUUCGUAAGACCAGUCAAUUUGGCAAGAUACAGCCAUUUGUCUUACGAAUGCUUCUGGCCGAUAUGGCCCAUCUUUGUCCUGUCCGAGCACUGGCAGAAUGGAUCAGUGCAUCAGAAAUUUUGCAUGGAUAUCUGUUCCGAAAGAUGGACAAGAGAGACCGGCCCAUUGUUGUCAAGAACUCACCCAUGACGCCAGAGGUAUUUCUUGAACUCUUUCGCAACAAUCUGUGGGACUUGCGCAUCGCUCCAUAUGCUUAUGGCACCCAUUCUUUUCGUCGUGGUGGCUGUCAAUGGCUAUCAGUUGAUCUUCGUUGGAGUAAGGAAUUUACCCACCUAACUAUUGUCAAGUAUCUAAUCUCUUGGAAUGACAAUCCGAUGCUCCGCUGUGAUGAAUUCUUCAAGCUGGACCAUCAGACAACCAUUCAAUGUUGA